GUGCGAAACAGUAUCAAUGUAAACGUAACAAUGAGAAGACUAAUAACGUUUUGCGUUUUGCUUCUUUUUUCUACUCUCACUGAGUCAAUUCCUUUCCUUCCGGAAUAUCAGAAAGAGUACCCUAAACAAUACCAACCAGCUUUAGCGAACACAUAUACGAACUUCGCGCAACCUCAACCACAGUAUUCUGAUUCUAAAUAUGAAGGAGUGAUAACAAGGAAAACUAUAUCGCAACCACCAAACUACAAUUAUGCCAUUCGUAGCCCAUCUAUAACCCAAGGUCGAACAGUAGAAGAAAUCCAGAAAAAACUACUGGAAAACCGUCCUUUCAUCAAAGAAAGGAUAGACUAUAAAAUUCAGCCACCACAUACUCCAGUUGAAAUUAGAGAAAUUAAGUUAAAUACUGUACCCGAGCCGUAUAUUCCGCAAAAUUUCCGACAUAUGGAAAAUGUUAAGAAUAUUGGUAAUAUUGAUCCAAUUAGACAAUCUCACUAUACAGAGCAGUUGCCUUUAAGAAAUUUACCACAAAAUUUAGCUUCAAGUGGGUAUGCAAUUCCUAUUAAAAUAGAUGAUCAAAGGAAAAGAGCAGCUGAAAUCCUAGCAAUAAAAGAAGCAGGGAUAGCUCGCGCAAGUGCUGGAACGUCUGCUUUAAAUGCAAAAGAAGCACAAAUAGCUCGCACUAUAACUAAACCGAACUUGAAACAAACAAAUAUUUAUACUCCACUAAAACAAUAUCAAGAUGCUAAUUCGCCAUCAAAUUAUCAUCAAAUUAGACAAUUAAUACAGUCAAACCCUAAACUUCAGAACGUAAUAGCGUCGGUAAAAAACAAAAAGCGCUACUUAGUAGUACAUCCAGAUGGAAGAGUCGAACAUGUAGAUAAUUUAGAACCCAUUAUACAGAAACAUCCUGAGCAUAUUUUGGUUAACGCUAGCACAUUAAUGAACCAUGUACCGAAGAUAAAUCCACAUACUUAUCCCGUUGGUGCUUCAAAACCCAAUCCUCCACAUGUUCCAGUACCUAUUAUUCCCAAUGCAGCUCCCACAGUUGCGACCGCUGCGGCUGCAACGGCAACGACAGUUACAGGCGGUCCAAUAACCAAUCCUGCACGUGUUCCAGUACCUGUUACUCCCAACGCAGCUCCCACAGUUACGACCGCUGCGACUGCAACGGCAACGGCAGUUACAGGCGGUCCAAUAAUCAAUUCCGUACUAAAACCCCGUAUUUCACAUGAACCAGUAAAUAAGGCCCCUGAGACGUCAGCAGUCAUUAAAACACCUGUCACUUUGUCACCCACUAAAACUUCAACCCCACCAACAGCAAAAUUAGCUGUUCCUGCUGCUCCAUCAUCAUCGUCAGCAGUUGUGGCUUCAGCUACCUCAGUUCCCACUAUCCCAAGUACACCAGGUGUUCCGAUACCUCCCAAGACCACAACAAAAGACGGAACCAUGAAUAAACUGCAUGCUGCACUCACAACGAAAUCAGUUGUCCAUCCACCAGUUAUUUCUAAGCCUACACCGAGUGCUCGUACCCAUGUUAAUACUUUGUCUGUCACUGCUCCACAUAGAACAACAUCAAAGGCAUCGGAUAUACCAACAACAACAUCAAAGGCACCGAAUAGUUCUGUCUUUUCAAACUCUUCUUCUCCAAUUGCAACGCCUUAUCAAACAACUCCGAUAGUUAAUGUUACAAAGUCAAUUCCAACUAAAUCAGCAACUAGCUCUCAUUCAACUGCGACCUCUGACACUGAUUCCUCUACAAGUAAAGUCAAUUCAGAUUCCUCGGUAUCUACUUCCUCUAAUGUGACCAUACCAAAAAUCGAUACUGAUUCAGCUAUCACAGAUGAGCCGUGUUUAACUGUGGAUGAAAGCUCAACACCGGUUGAAUCAUGUGCUACUGCAGAAAUACGCGAUGAAGUUUCAUCUGACGUCAGUGAUGAUAUUACUGUCUUUGAGUUAGAUAGAUUAGAGAAUCAAUCAGUGGGUGAACCAGUAGUCUGGUUCGAAGCAACUGACUCAGAUUUUUGGGACCAACUUCUUGAAGAUGAAUCAUAUAAUGUAAUUUACUUUAUUAACGUACCACCUCAGCCCAUUAUAGAGAAAGAUACCAAAACCACGGUAUUUCCUAAUGGAACUAUAGUUGAAGAGAUUACAGAAACUAAAAGAAACAGAGAAUGUGAUGAACCCAUAGUAACAAAAACUGUUAGAUUAAUAGAACCAAAAGAAUAAUAAUUGCCUACAGCAAUAAAGCAAAGCUAGGGCUUCCAGUUUUGCAGUACAUCUGGUCCCUGGAAAAAACCAAAACUCGGUGCGGUCACGAAUAUCCUAGAAACAAAACGAGACUAAUUCAAAAGAAGGAUGCCAUAUUGUAGGCUAGGCUUUAGGCAAUCCGACAUAGUAUUUUAAUCAAGCUCUUUAUAAAAUGAAAUAAUUAUUUAUGAAAGUAUUUUUGAAUUUUUAUAUUCAGUACGUAAGAAAGAAAGGUCGUUUAUUGUACUCAUAGUAUCAGUUAGAGAGGAUCUGUUUGUGAUUUUAUUACCAUCAUUCUUCAAUCUCCGCUCUAAGCUCCAUAUAAUAAAAUAAAAUAUCUCUCAAAUAUAUGUAAAAUAAUUCCGAUAAAAGUGGCUAUUUAAUACUUAUUUAAGACUAUUUAAUUAAUUGACUUGAGUCAGAAAGGUCUCGAUAUUCCAGUAACGAAAACAUCAGUCUUGGACACUCGAGCAUGAUGUUUUCCAAUCGUUUCUUUUUCAGACGAAAAACACCAAAAUUUCCUCGAGACCCGCGACCAUUUUAAAAAUUGAGAUUCUCGAAAUGAAAGCUCUAAAAUGUUACAUAAUUCCUUACAUUUAACUGUCACAGUAAUAUUAAUAAUCUAUUUGUAAAAACUAGCCCAUGCUCCGUUUAUUUUUGUUUUGUAUGUUUGUAAUAAAAUC